AGUUGAUUACUUGCCGCAUCCGAGAAAUAAUACAAAAAAUGCGGCUUAAGUUGAUUCCGGCGACAAUUGUAUUGUAUUUGGCAGUUUCCCUGGCUAAAAACUCUGUUGAAGAGUCUUGCACCACAUCACGUGAACUGGAAGAUCAAUGUGCCGCAGUUUGUUAUCCAACAGUCAAGCCUCUGCUUCGAUAUAUGGAAGUUUGUGAAAAACAUUUAAAGCUAUCCUCCCAAAUGCAGGAUAAAUUGCAAGCGCAAAGUAUUGAGUUAAUAAAAUGUAAGGAAAACGUUACAACACAUAUACAUAACGUACACAAUUCAGAGGACCUAUGCAACCUCCAUAAUAUCUUUGAAAAUUCUUUUAAGGAGGUUGAAAAAGUGAAUUCCAGGCUUUAUAAAGCGAUAACGGAGUUGCAAUCUAUGAAGUAUGAAGAAUUGUCUGGCUCUUACGAAGAACUUUCUAAAGAAUUCAACAAUUAUAAGAAAUGGGCUAAAGAGAUUGAAAAAGAGAACACAGAUCUGAGAAAUGAAUUCGCUCGAUACGAGAAAAUCUGCGAAAGAGAAGUUGGUGAACUUAAGCCAACAGAAAAAACCAGCAUACUUACAGAUAUAAUUCAUAGCAAGACUCGCCUUUUUCAAAAAUACUUUUGAAUCGGUAUUGUAAUAAUACAUAAAAAGCAGCCCAAAAUGUCAUUCCAUUAUUACUUAAAACCUUUUUUGCUGUUUGAGAACCGCUCUUUAAAUAUAUGUAACAAAUUAGGAUACCCUAGCGAUACCCUUUAUUUAAAAAAAAUCGUAAAUAUAAAGCGUAUGUUUUUUAAAAAUA